AUGGCUGAGCAUAUGCGGUCACUUCCGGAAAUGGCGCCUUUGCAGGCUUCCAUGCAAGAAACUACAGACGGCGAGCAGCAGCUUGUCGAGCUUCUCAAGCCGACGUGUUACAAACCUACCGACACGGUCCCAAAGCUGGUGGAUAGCUUCGCCUCGAUCAAGAACCAAAGACCUGGACACAAAGUUGGCGCACGAAAGGAGAUAGAAAAGAGAGAAAAAAGGCAGGUGCAAGCUCGAAAGGACUUCGCUUCGAAUUGCGUGCAGACGAGGCAACCAUCGACUUCCCAACGUGCAGGCCGAGUUCAGAGCACACAGGUGGAGCAUGCCUGGCCUGACUGGCUUCAAGCCACACCCAUCUUGCCCAUGGACUUCUUCGGCGUGGCACACACCACGUGGGACAGACAGAUACACUUCGAGCUCGCGUACGGACGGCUGAUUGGAGCGGUGCCAAACGGGGGGGUAUUUGAAGACGAGAGAGGGAGACGGAGACAGAGGGGAGUGAGGGAAGAUGAGAUAUGGGUAGCAAGAGAGAAGAGUAAGAUCAGGUCGCGGAUCACUGGCAAGAGCCGUGAGAGCCCGACUGGGGGAAUUCUGAAUGGAAAGUGCGAAGAGCGUCGGUAG